AUGGCGUGGCUCCAGCGGCAUGACAAGGAAAGCGGGGACUUGCAUGGUUUCUUGCCGAUCGCAGAAGGGGCGCCGGUCGCUCUCGCCGACCACAUUGCUCAAGGCGAUGACAAGAACCUCCUGCGCGGUCGCGCGGGCCGAGUGCACUCCUGGAUUUGCGACGGAGUCGGCGAAGAUAACCAGGUCACGCGCGGCGGAGAGGCCAUUUUGAAGAAGACGCCGAAAGUGAUGUUCGCGUUGUUUGACGCAGGCGAGGGCGGGAACGGCGGUCGGAAGCCGCGCGCGUGGACGAUCGAGGGAUUAAGCACUCCCGGCCUGCGCCCGGUGACACCACAGAAGAAGGAAUGGUUCGUGGACAAGGGUCGCCCGCGUCCACGAUUCAAGGUCAGAAGACGGCAGCCCCCUCUAGCGCCAGCUUUUGGCGCCACAGCCCACGCGGCGCAGGGGCAAACGUUCGAACAGGGUGUGACCGUAGACUUGAGCAUCGGCGGGGGUGCCUCGCCUCUCUCGAGCUACGCGGCACUGGCGCGCGUGCGACGGCGGGGGGGCACGUUGAUAUUCCGGGCCUUUGACCGCUCGCCGCGCGCCCAGGGUGAACGGAAGGGCCCCGCGUUAUUUGUGCAAUCGCUGCGUGGAGACGCCCUGGGCUGGGACGCCAUCGAGAAGGACUUUAUGCCCUCGCGGAGGCGCGCGCUGUGCGCGUCAGCGAAGCACAAGAACCUGCACGGGCUGAGGCAGUGGAAUCGGGAUGAUGGCCUGCGCGCGCGUAGCCUGCGCCUGGAAGACAAGAAGAGCGUGGGGGCGCCGUGGCACUGCAUGGAGCGCGGUCUGCGGACAGGCCCAGAUGCUUCCCACGCAUCCCAGCACCACAGCUCGAAGCUAACGUCACGGCGUUGCGUUGACUGUCCCAAGAGGCAAAAGUGUUACAUCUGUCAUGUUCGAAAGUACGAGCAGGCUUUUGCGGAGCAUCAAUGGGGCAAGGCAGGGAACGCCCGAUGCAAGGGGGGAAUGCGCGUCGAGCGCGAGGAGCUGAAGAAGCACAUGCAGUGUUUCCUCUGCGGAGAAGAGAAGCUGACUAGAGAGUUCCUGAAG